CUGGAAAUCGAUUUUCUUUUUUGAACGGGUAUGUGAUGUAUGGACAGCAAGCGCAUGGGUUCACCUUGGCGAAUGCUCAUUUGGAAUAAUGCACCCUGGCCAACAAUUUUACCAAGACCCGUAUUCUCCUGGACAAUAUGGUAUGCCACAGCAGGCCUAUCCAGGUCAGGUUCAGAUACCUCCACAAUUCUAUCCUCAGCAACCCGCCUACUCACAGCAACUUUAUUGGCAGCAGCCACACAGUUCACCAUCGUAUCCACAAGGCUAUGAACAGCAACAGCAACAUGGGUCAUACAGAAAUAUAUUCGCACUACGCCCAAAACAAACGGCUGACAGUUUUUCCUCAGCCGGUUUCGACGAUGUGGAGAUACGAAAUGCGUUCAUUCGCAAGGUGUAUCUGAUACUGUUCGCCCAACUGACAAUAACGGCCGGCGUUGUUGCGCUCUUCAUGUAUAUAAAUUUCCAAGUUUGUUCGAAGGAAUCCCAUUCUAUUCCAUGCAUCCCUACGCUAGUGAUGGCUUACUUCGCCGGAGUUAUUAGUUGCAACUAUGGAACUCUCUCAGUGUUGUCAGCUGUGGGUGUAACGGCGGUUACCUGCCUCAUCGUUACUGUGUUCGCCAUGACGACGUGCAUCGAUUUCACAAAAUGCUAUUUGGUAAUUGCAGUGCUCUCAGUUGUACUGAUUUUGUUUGGCAUCGCCUGUCUGGUGGUCUAUUAUGUGCUUGGCUAUAGCAAGCUUUUGCAUACCAUCUACGGUGGCGUCACUGCAUGUUUCUUUGUCUUGUAUAUCAUACUUGAUACCCAAAUGCUUAUUGGCGGCCGGAGUGCUGAAAUCAGUCCGGAAGAGUAUAUUUUUGCCGCGGUUCAACUAUACGUGGAUAUUAUUAACCUGUUCCUCAUCAUUCUCAGUUUGACUGGAAGCAGAGACUAAGAUGAAAUUCAUCAGGGAUUGCUAAGCUUCUAUUGAAUCACAGCUAGAAAAGGGGGAUUUCCGUCCAAGAUCCUGCGAAAGGUGGCUCAAACGCAGGAGAGCUUCAGUUGUCAGUUGCGUUUCACAUAUUACCCAUAUCUGGAUUUCAUGAAAAAUGUUUUUGUCAAAUCACCGGUUGCAGUGACGAAAUGAAUUGGGUUAUCCGAAA